UUAAUUAUAGCUACUGAUAGCAUAAUUAAAUACAACAAAAAUAUCUUACAUCUUUGAGGUGUCUAGUUUUCGGAACAGUUUGUGGAUUAUGGAAUAUUGGUAUUCCGACAGCUGGAGCGCGGAGGGGUUAGCCAGGCGGUAGGCGCAGAAUCGCGCAGCACUCGGAAUGUGCCCCCACACCCCUGCAACUGCUCGCGACCCUACUGCGUUUGCCCGGUCAAGCAGGGGUUGGAACGAAAAGGGGGCAUGAAAAUGGUUGCAACAUGGCGACGUACAAUUGUUCAUCGUUUAAUAGUGACGGGCAGUGGACGAAUAUGACGGAUAUAUUAGCGCUUCAAUAUUAUAAUGUAGGAAUUUAUUUUCGUGACGCGUGAAGUGUUGUUGUGACAAGGGAUAAUGGGGGGCGUCUAAGGAUAAGCAAAGAGGGUUGUUUGUAUUUGUGAGCCAUGCAGAAGGAACAUAAUCCCACAGUGGGCGAGCAUCACCAGUAUGUUGGGCCCUUCAGGCUCGAGAAGACCCUUGGCAAAGGGCAGACAGGGCUGGUGAAGCUAGGGGUCCACUGUGUAAUGGGCAGAAAGGUGGCAAUCAAAAUCAUUAACAGGGAAAAGUUAAGUGAAUCUGUUUUAAUGAAGGUUGAGAGAGAAAUAGCCAUAAUGAAGCUGAUUGACCACCCUCAUGUCUUAGGACUGUCUGAUGUGUAUGAGAACAAGAAAUACCUAUAUUUAGUACUGGAGCAUGUUUCUGGAGGUGAACUCUUUGACUACUUGGUGAAGAAAGGUCGUCUUACUCCAAAAGAAGCUCGACGGUUUUUCCGCCAGAUUAUAUCAGCUCUGGACUUCUGCCAUAGUCACUCAAUCUGUCAUAGAGAUCUGAAACCUGAGAAUCUGCUGCUUGAUGAGAAGAACAAUAUCAAGAUUGCUGAUUUUGGUAUGGCGUCAUUGCAGCCAGCUGGCAGCAUGCUUGAAACCAGCUGUGGCUCACCUCACUAUGCCUGUCCAGAAGUUAUCAGGGGAGAGAAAUAUGAUGGUCGUAAGGCUGAUGUAUGGUCAUGCGGUGUAAUUCUGUAUGCAUUACUGGUGGGUGCUCUCCCAUUUGAUGACGACAACUUGAGGCAGUUGCUGGAGAAGGUGAAACAUGGUGUGUUCCAUAUUCCACACUUUGUGCCACCAGACUGCCAGAAUCUUUUAAGAGGGAUGAUAGAAGUCAACCCUGAUAAGCGACUCUCGCUGGCAGACAUUAAUCGCCACCCGUGGGUGACAGCUGGUGGGAAGGGAGAGCUAGAAUUAGAACUUUCCAUGAUGGAAGUGGUUCAGACACACAUUAUUCCCUCCAUCGAUGCAAUGGAUCCAGAUGUACUCCAGGCCAUUUCCAGCCUUGGAUGCUUCAAGGAUCGUGACAAACUCAUUCAGGAAUUGCUCAGUCCAAACCAUAACACAGAGAAAGUUAUCUACUUCCUUCUAUUGGAGAGAAAGCGUCGCCGCCCAGCAUUCGAGGAUGACACAGAGGCAAUUGUCCGUGUUCGAUCAGAGUCCAGUGACCCACCGCGGAAAAGAAUUGACACAUGCAAAGUGAAUGGGACUGCUACAUAUCAAUUUGGUCAGAUCAGUGAGGGCUCUCCGCUUACACCACGCAGACAGCAGUUCAACAGUGGUUCCACAAGACAUCACAACCGGCGGUCACCCGGAAGUGGUAGUCAUCCUACGAAUUUACAGAAUUCCUCUGCCACUCCCAGCCCUCUGCAUACAACUUUCAACAAUGCUGCGUCGGCGACGCUUUCUGGUAUCUUAUCACCAGUGAGUCAGCGCACAGUUCCACAUCACCACCACCAUCACCACCGCCCAGCACACGGUUCCACUAAUGCUCAUUCAGCAUUGGCUCCACCUUCACCUCAUCAUCAGCGAGCCAAUAGUAGUGGAGGAACUACCAUUGAUAGCAACGACACUUCCACAGGUCUAAGUACUAGUAACAUUGCACCUUGUACCCCUCCAGGCUCGCCCCACACCAGUACGACAGGACAUCACUGGAGGUCAAGACUAACAACCAUCAAGAACAGCUUCCUUGGCUCUCCACGCUUUCACAGGAGGAAACUGCAAACUUCAUCAGAAGAGGUGCACCUCACACCUGAGUCCUCACCUGAGCUCACCAAAAAGUCUUGGUUUGGUAGCCUCAUGACAACGGAGAAGGAUGAAACCUUCACAAUUCUAGUCAAAGGAAAGCCUCUAGCAACAGUGAAAGCAGACCUUAUUCAUGCUUUCCUGUCAAUAGCAGAAUUGAGCCACAGCGUGUCAAGCCCCAUGUCUUUCCGAGUGGAGUACAAGAGGGGAUCAACGGCACCAGCCAUGUUUCAGAGACAAGUUCGCUUCCAGGUGGAUGUGUCAACCAUCACCAAGCAGGCUGGCGAGAGCCCCAAAGAAUACCUCUAUGCCAUCACCUUUACUCUACUUUCAGGUAACAUUCGUCGGUUCCGGCGUGUGUGCGAACACAUCCAGUCACAGGUGUGCAGUCGUCGCCCACCCCCGUCUCCUCGGGCAACCAGAAAAUUUACUACUGAACUUAGUGAGAGCUCUAGCUGUGGGUCAGACACUUCAGAGCGACUUUCCCCAUACCCAGGCACUAGACAGGUUGAAUCAGACAUAGAGAGUGACACGUCAGUGUUUGAUGUGAAAUCUCCAACACGUGAGAAUGGCAAUGGUGGGGGACGUCGUCGUAGUUGUACCAGUGCCAAUAAUAAUAAUACGGCAGCAGGAGGUACAUCGGCUGAGUGCAGCGUUGCUGGAACGCCUGCCAUCGCGACUGUCUCGUGUCCUACGUCGACAGAGACCAUGACUGCCACAGGAGCUGCUUCCUCCCCGCCAACCAUCAAGGCAGUCAGAUCCAACAGUGAGAGCAAAGGUUCUUCUAUCACUGCAUCACCCCACCAUAUUUGCACCUGUCCAGUUCACCUUACAUCAGCUGUGACAGUGGAAGCAGAAGGACUUCCAAAAUGUCAGCAUAUUAUUGAACCACGAUGCAGUGUACAGCCCAAGGAGACUCUGAGCUAUCUCUACCUGCUGCAGAUGUAUUCUGCUACGUAAUCGUAUGAAAUGUGUAAUGUGAGAUGGGAUUCUUAAACAGAGUACACAAAAUAAUACACAUUCUAUUUACAUGUUACUGCAGUGGCUGCCAAUAAAAACAGUUUCUUAAGAGGAAAAAAGUUAUUUAUAUUAAAAUUCUUGUGAUAUGUAGCCAUAUUUAAUUCAGAACUCCUUGAAAUAGUAUUUCAGUUGUGUACAAUUUUAGCCAUGUAGGAAUCAGUAUUUAGGCUGCUUUGCAAUAAAAUUGGAACAAUGCUCCUAUUAGCUUCACCAUAUCUGUCGGUCUGACUGCAAUAGUAGACGAUUUACAUGGACAUACAUGUGUUUCUGCAGACUGAAAUCAGUGUUAAACCAUGUUGAAGAAUGCUGAUGAUGAUAUGUUAGCACGUUGUGGUUUUGGUUAAAACUGAACAGCAGCAAUGGAACUUUAGAUUAAGACCUACACAUGUUUCUGCACGCAUAUUGAAUGUACCCCACUAAAUAUUUAUUGGAGCAAAAAUAUUUUCAAACAGAAGUUGAAUAUAAAAAAUGAAACAUACACUUCAUGUUUUCUCAAGUCUUGUGGUUUUUACAUUAUUAAACAAAAGAGACAUUCAAGCAUGUCUCAUACUAAUUUGUUAACUAUAAACUGAUUUAAUUAAGCCCUGCUAACAGCAUGUUGUGAUCAUAUGCUCUUAACCUUGGGAAUAAAGGCUUUGAAAUGACAUCAUCAUUAUAUUUAAUUAUAGUACACACCUUUUCAGCUAAUACAAAUUAUUCAGUUUGUGUAUAAUUUUUAUACAUAUGUUAUCCUUUAAUUGUUAUGACUUGUUGAAUUUAUUGAAAAUUUAUAAAAACAUGUAGGAUUUGAGGUUUUCACAGCAGUGAAUCUGAAGAUUGCUGUCUUCUGGGCUGUUGUGCCAUGUAGUCUGGUAG